AUGCGCGAAGUGACCGACGAAGCCCUUCAACGCCUUUACAGGGCAUGCCGAAGUAAUUCUGGCUUUCCUGGGGAGAUUCCUGAUGAAUCCCAAGGCCCACCAUCGACAACUGCAAUUCUUGAUGCACUAGAUUUAUGGCAGCCAUCUCUCGAAGACAUGGGGCAAACAGAGAACCUCCGAGGGUCUAUUUCUACUUCGCCAUUAAAGUGUACGACUCAUUGGGAUCUAUCUAAACCACAGCAUCAGGGAAGGGACCCUUCAAGCGAGGAACCAUCUACUAAAGACGAAAAUUUACAUUCCUCUAACCAUUCAUCCGUUAAUGUGAGGUGGGGAGCACAAAGCCUAGAUUCAAGCCCAUCUUUAAACGCUGCACCCACUCUAAGUCCAGCGACCCCUCCCCCAUUGGAUAUUAGCGAGCAAUUUCAAUACGAAGUUUCAGGAAGCUCAUUCCCUGGGCACAACUCGGGCACGGCGAAGGAAGAACAUCCUUGUGGCGAUGAUUCAGCCAACCCAGCGUUUGAUAUAGAUGCAUACCUAGACACGAGCUCAUGUACAAUUCCUAGCAGUGGACCUCAUCCGGCAUACAACAACAUCUACGCUUCGAUGCAAUUCGAUAUUCCGGCAAUGAUGGACACUAGCCGCGCCACUCAGCAGGUCGACACUGACUUCUCAGAGCCAGGCGCCGCCAUUUUCAUGGGUGGCCCGGCUCAUUGGCUGCAGCUAAUCAGGCCGCAACUAUAG